AACCUCUCUUCUCUUUUCUCCCUCGCGCCGACUAAUCAGUAUCAUCGCCGCCCCCCUCCUCUUGGCCGCUCCGAAGCUUCCUCCGUCGUUUUCCCGCGAGCGCGGGGGUCAGAGACACAGGCGCACAAGAAAUCUCCCCUCCGCUCGGCUGUACAAGAAAUCUCCCCUCCGCUCGGCUGCCGCUGCAUGCAUUGCCUUCUGGUUGAUCAAUUGACUCGACUUCCCCCCGUGGUUUUUUCUCCGAUUACUGUACCGCCAUUGGUUGAGACUUGAGCGCGUGUACUCGAGCGGAGGCGUGCGUACUUGGGUAGAAGCGGAACGGGGUAAGCCCGCCUGCGGCCUGAUUCGGGGGUUCCGUGCAGUUUGGUGGUGAGAUUCGGUCCCGUCGGAAGCUCAUCUCAGUGCUGCAGUUAUUCAUAGGCACAAGUUGAGCAAUGGGGCAAAAAGACUCCAAGCCUUCAUAUAACUAUUCUUAUGAUUCUGGGAACACAUGGUCAGGAUAUGAUUCCAGAUAUGCUGGAAAUACAUCCUCCAGUUAUAGUGCAAGGUACGCGCCUUCUUCAGAGAACAAUGUGCAGCCAGAAACACACGCCAGGUUGCACAGGAAGUAUUCAAGGAUUGGUGAUGACUACCGCUCUUUGAGUCAGGUGACUGAAGCUUUGGCACAGGCAGGUCUUGAAUCUUCAAAUCUUAUUGUAGGCAUUGAUUUUACAAAGAGCAAUGAAUGGACAGGUAAAAUUUCUUUUAAUCGUCGCUGUCUGCAUGAUAUUGGAAGCACUCCAAACCCAUAUGAGCAAGCCAUAUCUAUUAUUGGAAGGACACUUUCAGCUUUUGAUGAAGAUAAUUUGAUUCCCUGCUUUGGAUUUGGUGAUGCGUCAACUCAUGAUCAGGAGGUAUUCAGCUUUUACCCAGAGAACCGCCCAUGCAACGGAUUUGAAGAGGCGCUAGAAAGAUACAGAGAAAUAGUUCCAACUCUUCGAUUAGCUGGACCAACAUCUUUCGCUCCAAUGAUUGAGACAGCAAUUGGAAUUGUAGACAGCACUGGUGGCCAAUAUCAUGUUCUUCUGAUAAUUGCUGAUGGACAGGUUACCCGAAGUGUUGAUACACAGUCUGGGCAAUUAAGUCCACAGGAGCGGGAUACAAUUGAUGCAAUAGUAAAAGCUAGCCACUUUCCUUUAUCUAUUGUUCUUGUUGGGGUUGGUGAUGGACCAUGGGAUAUGAUGCACCAGUUUGAUGACAAUAUACCUGCUCGCUCAUUUGACAAUUUCCAGUUUGUAAAUUUUACGGAGAUUAUGUCAAAGAGCAUAGCAGAUGAUAGAAAGGAGGCAGAAUUUGCAUUGUCAGCACUGAUGGAAAUCCCUACACAGUACAAAGCAACACUUGAUCUACAACUCUUAGGCCGCCGCCAAAGAAUACCUCCAAGAAUUGCUCUGCCACCACCAACAAGGACUGCUUAUUCACGGUCUACUAGCUUUAGUCAACAGUCUGGUGUUUAUUCACGAUCUAGUAGCUUUGACCAACAAACAAGUGGCUUUCAGCAACGGUCUGAGAGCUUCAAACAGCAACAGCCUGCAGCCACAAGGAGACCUGACACCUAUGCAUCAGAAAGUGCUUUAGAGGACAGACUUCUGUGCCCCAUUUGCAUGUAUAAAUCGAAGGACCUCGCGUUUGGAUGUGGACAUCAGACUUGCUACGAAUGCGGAAAAGAUAUGGAACGCUGCCCUCUAUGCCAGCAGCACAUAACCACAAGGAUCAGGCUCUACUGAUGCCAUGAAGCUUUUGAAGCCUAUGCCUAUGGAACGGCAAAUGUUGGAAGAAACUCCUGUGCAAAAUGUUCAGACCAGCUUUAAUGCUACUGCGCUUCGUCUUGUAAUUGGCGUCCUAGUCUUACUGCAUCAGACGUCUUAAGUAGAUAGUGCUGCUGUCACUGUCCCAGUAAGGCACAAAAAAGCGCACCAAAAAAUAAUGUACAUAUUGUUCCCUUGUGUGCAUCAUCCUGGAUGAGACAAUGAAUAUUGUGAAGCAAAUACAUUGCCAUUUCUGAGCUCUUGAAUA